AUAUCUACAUCUAUAAUAUUAUAUACAUAUGAAAAUGCCACACUCCAACCGCCCAAGAAAACCCCCCCCCAAAACCGGCGCACUGAAGUGAUCGACCCCUCAGGCUGGACCCAUAUCACAAACGGCAGCAACGUGCGGCGUGUAAUACGACAACGCCAGAAACCCCAAUCCGAACCCAUCCUAGUCCCCGCAGAAGCUCCCGGCCGACUCACCCUCUCCGAUCUCCAGACGCAAUUCCAGACCCAUCACGAUAGAUGGACGGGUUCGGAGAGCUGGACGAAGGUGGCAGGUGUGUUGGAUGAGAGAGUGAAGGCGAGAAUGGAGGCCUCGUCGCCCGCUGAUGCAGUUGAUGCAGUUGUUUGCAUUGGGCUUGGGAGUCCGAGUGGAUUUCUGCGCGAUGGAUGGGUUGAUCGGAGGGCGGUCUCGCUGUAUCAGCUUGCUGCGCUGGCUAGUAUCAAGGAUCGAGUAGAUUCUCACACACCUACCCCUCUAAAAGUCUACGCCCAAGACCCCGUCUUCAACAAACUAGACGAGUCGCUCCUCUCAAGUUUAAACAUCACGAUCCUGCAAGACCCCGAAGCCUUCUCGCACAUAACAGCGAACACGCUACUCUUCUGUCCCGGUGCAGAAAGGCAGCAUCUCGAGCUGCUGUUGCCGUCAAAGCCCUGGCUGGUAUUCGGUGGGCCGCUUGAGCAUACAGAUGCUGGGGGUGUGUUGCAGAGCUACGUGGAUGGAACGGAGUCGUACUGUGUGCCGGUGUUUGAGGCGCUCGAGCAUGCGUUUUGGAAUAUGAGGCUUUAUUGGACUAAGGAGGUUGAGGAAUGA